GCUUCCCUUGGAGAUUUCGAAACCAAGUUUACAACAAUGUCUCAAGGAUGGUUUUCGAUGAGCGGGAGUAGCAGCGGAGAUCAGCAGCAGGAGCAGCAGCAAUCGGGUUCGUCUCUGCUCGCGGAUUGGAAUUCUUACGCAGCCUCUAGAGAUUUCGAGGAAAGUAGCGGGAGCUUCGGUUUUGAUAUCGAAUCCGCCGUUAGAUCUGCCAAUGACACUGUUUCUGGCACCUUCAGUGUGGUUUCAAAGGGAGUUAGAGAUAUCCCGGGGAGCCUGCAGUCAGCAACCAGCAGUAUGCCUUCAGGAAAAGCGCUCAUGUAUUUCGGUUUACUUCUCGCAAGUGGUGUUUUCUUCAUCUUCAUUGCCUUCACAAUGUUUCUUCCAGUCAUGGUGCUUAUGCCACAGAAAUUUGCCAUUUGUUUCACCCUUGGAUGUGGAUUUAUCAUUGGAUCCUUCUUCGCACUUCGUGGCCCAAAAAACCAGCUCGCGCACAUGUCAUCGAUGGAGAGGCUUCCUUCAACCCUAGGUUUCAUUGCCACCAUGGUUGGUACCAUAUACGUAUCGAUGGUUCUCCACAGCUACAUUCUCUCGGUGCUCUUCUCCGUGUUACAGGUUCUUGCACUGGUUUACUACUGUAUAUCCUACUUUCCUGGUGGAUCAUCCGGCAUGAGGUUCCUCAGUUCUGCUCUCACCUCAUCGGCGCUAAGAGUUUUCGGGAGAUGAGCUUUCGCGGCCAAUCUGGGAAAGAGAACAAUACUUUACUUGUUGGUGUACAAAGAAAGAUGUCGGAGCGUU